AUGGAGGCUUUAUCGGAUUUCAGUAGGUUAAAUUGCUUGGCCAAGGCACUCUACGACAAUAUAGCAGAAGCACCAGACGAGAUAGCUUUCCGGAAGGGAGAUGUCUUGACGGUUUUGGAACAGAACACCCAGGGCUUGGAGGGAUGGUGGUUAUGUUCGCUGCGAGGGCGACAGGGCAUCGCUCCAGGGAAUCGCCUACGCCUUCUCCCUGGUAUGUACGACCCCUCCGGCAUGGGCUUCGCGGGAGGUGUUGCUGCUAUAUCGGGAGAGGCACCCAUCGUAGCAGGAACGUAUCCAGGACCAGGUGUAAGACACGCUAGGCGGCGUAGCUGGCACGUGAACCCCAACAAAGUGGUUAUGCCACAAAAAGUGGGCGACGUAUACCUGUAUGAUGUGCCAGUGGGAACGAGAAUAACAGAGGAAUAUGACGUACCUCCUACGCGAUAUGGUGCUUCGUUGAACCAUUCUCUCCCCUACGACAUUCCUCCAGGUUCACAAGCUGGCAGUUACGAUACACCUCCUAGUCCUCGAGCAGUUCUUAUACAAUCAACUUACGAUGAACCAAGAUCCAAUGCCCCUGUCAAUGUGGACAUUGAUGUUUACGACGAACCGCAAGUCUCGUACUCCGUGAAAAAGACGUACGACACCCAUGGAUCGGGAAAAGUUCAUGAUUAUGACCUUCCGAACUCUGAGGACUGUAUUGAUUAUGCUGGGAAGGCUACGUCAAAGGGCGAAUACGAUAUCCCUUUGUGUCCGACUAACAAGACUUCAGCCGUGGAGUUAUACAACGUACCUCCAUCAAGUCGGUCAAGUGGAGUCUCGUUGCUUUCAACAAGUUCGUCCUCACAAUUAUCUCCCACUAGUAGUCAUUCCAGCCUGAAUGCAUCGCUUUCUUUGUCCAGUUUGUGUGGGUCGAACCGCUCCAGUAUCGAACCUCAAACUAAUGACUUGUACGACAUUCCCCAAAGUGAACCUCGUCGAGUGGAGGAAAUUACUGCUGGGUAUUCUCCUGCCAAGAAUGUGGCUAACACAACCUGGCCUUUACGUUCUCAGCCAAAUUUGUAUGAUGUUGCUCCUAGUCCCCAGGCUCUCCAAACGUAUGACUUGCCCCCCACACCCAGGCCCACACAAAAACCACAUUUAGAAGAACCCUAUGAUGUCCCUCCCCAAGUCACUCGAGACAUUAGCCCUUGCAUUUCUAAGACACCUAGUGAUGAAGUGGAUACUGGGCAGAGGCUGUCGACUACAAGUACAGAAUCCGUGCUACCACCACUCGAGGGCAAAGAGCUCCCCUUGGCGUUGGAUGCUGCCAUGGAGUUGUUAAUGAAUCGACAUCAAGAUGUCCAGGCAACGAUUAAUAAACUCUUUGGUUUUUUCAGCAGCUCUUGUAGGAAGCGACAGAAAUUGGAGGAGAAGCUUUACGACAUUCAAGUCACUUGUCAAAAACUCCGUACCGCACUAAGUGAAUUCGUAGACUUUACUUACGGCGCGUUAGCCAACUCAACUCAUGCUUCAGACAAGACCUUAAGCUAUAAGCUAUUCAAACUUAUCAAACCGUUAGUAGACUCGAACAAAAUUGUAGAAGCCACCACUCAGUCGCUUGAUGAGAAAGGGUGGCUGAUCAUUGGUCUGAUUUCAGAGGAGCCCGGAACACCCGAUGAGCUAGAUCAGCUUGUGGCUUGUGCUCGGGGACUUGUAGAAGACGUACGAUUAGUUUCAUCGUUUAUCCAGGGAAACUCUUCUCUGAUCUUCAAACGCUCUACUUUACUGCUAACCGAUAAGUCUUCCUCCGCUCUCGAGACAGAUGGACCAGGUAGCCAGCAGGCUGGCAUCUUGACUAAGGGCUAUCGCCUUCAGGAAAGGCCCCUUCCUUCCCCACCCGUGCAAAUUACAAAGAUCGACGAUGAACUCCCUCUCGAGGGGAAAGAGUGGAUGAACGAUUAUGAUUAUGUGAGUUUAGAAUCAAAAGAAACUGUCAAAAAAGAAAAUGACGAGAUCAAAGCAGCCUUGCCUUCUGAACUUAGAAAAUCUUUCGAGAAUUUAGUGAAACAGUCUGAAGUUCAAGUUAAAGAAGAUUACAAAUCUUUUUACAUAGAGAAUUCCUCCAAGGACAAGUUUCAUCGUUUAGACCCUAAUGAUCGUCAGCUUAUCCACUUUUACUCGGCGCAAGUGGAGACACACAUGCUUCACCUUACCAAUGCUAUUGAUGCCUUCCUUACGACAGUAAAGAACAAUCAACCACCCAAAAUAUUUAUAGGUCACAGUAAGUUUGUAGUAAUAGGAGCACACAAAAUGGUCUACAUAGGUGAUACAUUAAACCGUAAUGUUUCCAACCCCGAAUUAAAAACCCAGGUAAUGGAGCGAUCUAAUACCUUGUGUGAAUCCUUAAAAACUUUGGUAUCAAACACGAAAAAGGCAGCUGUUCAGUUCCCUUCUGUAAUAGCAGUUCAGGAAAUGAUAGACAGUGUGGUUGACGUGUCCCACGUGGCCAAAGCUCUGCAACUUUCCAUCACCCAGGCUGCUUCACCCAUGUAGAUCACCUGCUAAGCCUAUUUCCAACGGUUACUGCCACGUGCACUUGUAAAUAACUUAUUUAAAAAAUAGUUUGGGCAGAAACUGAUGAAUUCAAUAACAUAUUACGAUACGUUUAGGCUUUUUUUCUAGUAUUAGCAUUCAAUUCCUCUGCCUUUUUAUAAAUAGUAUUGUAUACGUACUUUCCACAUUCACUGUAGCCAAAAUUUGAAAGAAACUUAACUACGCUUUGAGAGAACCAGUAUCACAUUUUGACUCAGUAAUUGGAUAAGAUCAUUCGUGUAAACAUUCUAGUUCCUGUUGUUUUACUUUUUUUUGCAGGAAGGGUCGGGUCGUUCUACAACAACCUUGUUUUUACAUUCUUUAAGAGAAAGUAAUAUGAAACUUGUUAUUUUUAAAUUUUGAUGCAGACUGUUUAGUUAAAUCUAAAGUCCGAUCAUAUUUUAUUUCUUCUUUGAGCGAAUAAUUUUUUUUUCAUUUAUUUGAAACUGUUUCUUUUAAAGUGGUUUGUACAAUAGCUGGAAUUUGUUUAAAAAAUACUUUAUCGUUAAUGAAGAAACUGAUUUUGGUAUUAAAGUUGUGCCUAAAAUGAAGCUAUUUUAGAUGUUUGAGUAAAAAAAAGGUGUUAUAUUGAAUUGUGAUGACAAUAUUAAUUAACGGGCUUGGAAUUGCGAUGUUUAAAAAUGGCUUUAAGAUUCUGUGUUAAUGAUCUCAAAAUGGUCUUGCUGUACGUUAUUGAGUUUUUAAACUAGUUAGUAUUACGUACAAGUCAAAUGUAGUACAGAGAUAGUAAAAACAGAUUACGUACAAUCACACAGUGUCCUCUUCUCCCGUCAGGAUCAAAACGUUUUGUAUUGAGUUUAUACAUCACAGUUUGAAUAGUUUCACAGGUCUGUUCAUCUCAAUGUUCUUUAAGUGAAAACAUAAACUUGUUCUAUUUUUAUUUUUAACGAUUUCGUCUCUUGUCACGUGAUACAUCAGUAUUUGUAAAACGUUAAUUAUACAGCGCUUGCAUUUUCUCGUAUAACAUUUGUUGACUGUUGGUAGCUAAAACAACGAAUUCCGGCUGUUACUGAGAGUAACCUUUUCACAAGAAUAUACGUUUUCAUUGAAUUAGACACUUCAUUAAACCCAUUUUUCGUUUCGAUAAAAAAAUUAUGCUACAUAAUGACAAAAUAUUAGUUUCAUUUUCGGAAAGCAAAACGCCUGCUUUUUUUUUUUUUUUGCUAUGGCUCUAAAUAACAUUCGUAACUUCCUUUUUUCAGUUAUGCUUAUUUAUAAACUGUACUUGUGGCUUUUGUAUAAUUAUAUUUUUAUGAACAAUGUCAGUCCAGUAUUAUUGUUUACCCUGACAGCCAUGCGAUUAUCAAUGUUGUGUUGAAUCCAGAUUAUUGUCGAACCAACAAUGCAAGAAAUAUAUUUUCUUUUGACGAGGCUUCUGUAAUUAAAACUUUCACAAUUUUCAAUCACAUUAUUUUGAAACCCUAAUUAGUAUAAUAAAUCUAGUUGUUUAAACAUUUGGAAACACUUUUCAACAUUGAUCGGUAUUAUAUAAUGUUUCGAUCAGGUCUGGGGUGACCCCCAGAAACAAUGAGUUAAUAAUGUAUAACAAUCACCCAAAAAAUUCGUAAGCCUUUCACUCUCGUCAUUUUGCCCCCCAGUGGCACAGCGGUAUGUCUGCGGAAUUACAACGCUAGCAACCGGGUUUUGAUACCCGUGGUGGGCAG